UGUUCCCACCGAGUCGAUCUUCCUGCGGUGGCGAAUGAUAUAAAAUCGUACGACCAGGUCGUUGCGAGGUGCAUCAGUAAACGAAGUCCCUCGUCAUGUCGAUCUUCGAAAUCGUGCUUUUCGCCGUCAUCUGCGGUUACGCCGUGGCUCAAAAAUCCGUGAUAGAUAUCGAGAAGGUCGAAGUAUCCAACAAUGAGAACCCUGUCUUCGGCGAAUGGUCGGCGACCCUGAUUGACGGAAAUCCGCAUAAGCUUCGAUUCAAAUUCCCCAUCAAAGACUCUGUCCCGGACACCAUGAUGAUGAACAUACAACUAAAAAUGAACGGCGACGAAGUGGCAUCCGAGGAAGUGACGAUGUGCGAGGCAAUCAGCGACGAGAUGAUAGCCAAAGGUUUAUUGGAAAAAAGUGAUCCCAGGCCCGGAGACUGUCCUAUCCAAAAGAUUGGCUGGGAGGUAAAGGACUACGUUCCAAAAGUUGACAAUCAACUGCCAGACGGCAAACUGGACGGCAAAGUUAUGGUAUACGACAGUGGAAACAAGGACAACCCCUACAUAACAGCAACGUUCAGUGGAACUAUUAGGAACGGCCUAUAAUCGAGAUGAAACGAAAAUUUCAUACCCUGACGACGUUGGCCUUGAUUCUGGAACAUGUUACAAUUUAUGCGUAGUCAUAUGCGAUACACAUCGUGCAGUUUAUACCAACACGUUAAUUUGCCAACAAUAAAGCGAAUCGAAUUAGCAAACAAAACGAAA